AUGGCUGAAGGUCAGCAGAAAGGGGCAAUUGCGGAAGAGUCCGGGCAGGCGCAUGGGUUGCCCCGGAAUGAGCUUCAGGAACGGCGCGACUGGCAAAAAUCGGAGGCCGUACAUGUCUGCUUGUCCUUCUCUAGUCUUUUACAACAAGGGCUGCCAGGGAUCCAGCAAAGACACUUUCAGCUCCAGGGACACGCCUACACGAGCUUACUUCACCCGAACCUUCUUUUUCAACUUUACGAGCAAUGGGAAACCUUGAAAAUUCUCCAAAGAUACGUAAACCGACAAGUAACCAACCUACAAGAGGUCCAAGUGAGCGGCAGCGUUGAUAAUCGCACACUGCCCCAGCAGAGGAUUUUACAGCGGUAUUACCAACGCUAUUUGCAGACAAUGCAAGUGCAACUUGCGUCGUCGCAAGUCUAUCCAUCGCAUGCGGAAAUAGAGCAGCUCAUGGGAGAGCUACAGCAAAAACUUCAACAGCUGCAUGAGAGCCUCCAGCCUUUCUUGCUCGACGAUUUGGGAGCAGAGCAUCUUGGUUCCGCAUCUGCGUCAGUCUCUCUGACCGGCGAACAAGUAGAGCGCCGUCAAAGCUAUCUACAUGGUGACCUUUCCGAAGACCAAACCCGGACAAUCACAGAUUCUGGAUACGCAUCUGCAUCGAAUGGCAAGAACCAUCCAGCACAAAACACUAAUCCCACCAGCACGCGACUAGAAUUGACGACUCAGGAUAGUACGGGCACAAGUGACGCGCGAACUGUUUACUCCGACGCAUCUAGCAUUCCGUCGGUCAUGAGAGAAUGCUACCUAUCCGAUUUAGCAGAGUCAAUGAUAGCCGGACUGCGCUCAAGAGGGUUAGCCGAACCGGAUAUGGAGAAGGCCUCUUCGAUACUCCCAGACUUACUCCAAGCUUUCGCCCUUAAGGUCGGCCACGAUGCCCCAAGCCAAAUGCACCGGGACGUCAUGGUCUUCAUUCAUAAAAACCGCAGCGACAUCACCGAGCAUUUCAAAAGGAUAUGUUAUCGUGAUGAAGAAACUAUCUCCGCGGCUCAUGUUUCCGACCCCGACAAGAUGCCACUGGAACAACUGAUGGACCUUUGGAGCAAGAGGUUGGAGGACGCUGCAGACCAGGAGAUUUCCAUCUCUGUACCACAUGUGCAAGAGCGAUAUUCAGUGCAGAAUGGCGAAGAGGUGGAAGACGGCGAAUCCUCUCUCCAGGACGGUUUGCACCUUUCUGCAGACCUCCCCGACACGGCAAGCGACGUCUUAACAACUCGCAACGCAGAUGAUGAGAUCGAGGAAGAGAAGAACGAAGAAACUAUCACGCCCCAGAUAUCGGCUUACAGGGAUUUCAUCUCGAAAAGUCCGGCUUACGAAUGGUUACUUGAGAGCUUGCAAAGGGAGUGCUUGCUUGUACCAACUGAGCCAGAUGCUUUGAAGAAAAUCAGGCAAACGCUGAUGGAAUGCUUCCCAAUAGCUCACAGAGUGAGUCAAAGGCACGCAUCGGAGACUUAUACAGUGACCUUCACCAUUGAGUGGGAUCCCCACGCGUUUUUCGUUCAGCAGAAUUACGAAAGAAAAGCAGAAGAGAUACUGGGAAGAGUCAUUACCCUAACCGGUUCCGAGACGGAUGCUCAGGCGGUGACCUGUGAACAGUAUUUCCAACAAACUUGGUCAUCAGCUGGGGGUUGUUUGCUUGAGUUGAUAAGAAGAGUUCUUCGAAGCUCACCUGGAUCUCGGGAGACAUGUUGGUGCUCGAAGCCCCAUAUGCUUAGUGUUGAUCUGACGUCGGACGAGUAG